ACUAAUGCCGUCUUAGCUCAUGAGACAUUCAUCAGUGGAGAGAUGUCCACUUGGUCCGGCCAAUCCGAUUAAUGCAAGAGAUAAUUACGUGCAAAUACGUUACCAGGAACCUAGGGGUGUGGUUCUGAAAACGUUGGAUUACCAGGAUUUGUUUUGUAUUUGUUCUUUGAAGUCGGUUCCGGAUGUUUUCGGUUGUAUCAAAUUUCUGUUUGCGAAUGAGCGUAAUUACGUCUACGAAUGAUUUGAAGUCUGCUUAUCGUUCAUACAGGAUGUGAUAGAUUGUAUCCGAUUUCUUAGUGAACGAGGCUGAUUACUAACGAAUAAUCUCAGGCAACUCCCAUAAUCAAAGUGCGUAAUCCUUUCUGUGAAAGAUUGCGUAUUUUUUUAGGUCUUUUUUGUGUUUUGUAUUGUGAAAAAUCAGCUAGUUCGGAAUUGUACGACUGGCAGUCUGAGGACUCACAUGAUAUGGAGAGCUGAUGAGGCGUAGAUUCAAGGAGUGGUCAGUGACUGUAGCAGCAUGUCUAGUGGCCCCAGUGUCCAGCUGACGCUUGUGUCGUGCCUCCUGGCCCUUGCCUGGUCAUUUCCGAUGUCAAUGGGGUUUCUGUUGAAGUAUUGCUCAAAGAAGGUGACAUUGUUGUGGAAACGCGACGCAGUAUGGAGUUUCUUUACUAUAAGACGUGGUAUAACCGGACAGUGCCAUACGAGUUUGCUCCAGACUUCAGUUUAGACGGCGUACGUAGAGUGAAAUCAGCUAUGUUCGACAUACAAAACAGCACCUGUAUACGGUUCAAGCGAAGGGAGAAAGAAGUGGACUAUAUCCGUUUUGUUCAGCAUAAACAAGGUUGCUACAGCUCAGUAGGUUUGAAAGGUGGUUUGCAGGAGGUGUCCUUGGGCGACGGCUGCCUGCGACACGGCACGAUCAUCCACGAAAUUCUGCACUUGUUGGGUCUAUGGCAUGAGCACAGCCGCAUAGACAGAAAUGAGUACAUAACGGUCAUGUGGGACAAUAUUCCCAAAGAACACAGAGAGAACUUUGAAAUUCGAAACCGGGUCCACAGCCAUGAGAUUUUCCUUUCCAUGCCUUACGACUAUGGAUCUGUGAUGCACUAUUCUAACAACACGUUCGCUUUAGACAGACAUAAACCAACUCUGGUGUCCAGACAGAAACUGCCACCAGGUGUUGUGAUGGGCCAGCGUGUUGGUUUGUCUCCUGGAGAUAUCGACAAGCUCAACGCCUUGUAUAGGUGUGACAUCACCAACUGCAGCUCCCCCCAACCACUGAAAAACGGACAAAUAGAUGGAAGAGACUUCUCUGUUGGGGCUCGAGUCCUCUACCGAUGUGACAGCGGCUACACCCUGGUCGGGGCGUCCGAGAGAGUGUGUCGGGACCUGGGGCAGUGGACGGGGGACUCACCGGCCUGCCUCGGCACAAGGAACACCGGCGCUGUGCACUACUGUAACUUUGACCGAAGGCUAGGCCGACUUUGUGGCUGGACUCAGGCCACGGAUGACAACCUGGACUGGACAGCCAAUGCUGGGUCCACCUUGACUGAGGACACAGGACCACCCGCAGACCACACGCUCAACACACGCAAUGGAGGUUAUAUGUAUGUUGAAGCGUCCUUCCAGAAACCUGAUUUGAAGGCUCGUCUGAUUUCCCCUGUGCUGGAUUUCCCAAGUGCCGACAGAGUCUGUUUAGCGUUUUUCACCUACAUGUACGGCAGCGGCAUGGGCGGCUUGACUGUAUACAAUACCAUGUUGGAUGUGAGUGGAGUGAAGCCGGAGGACCAGGUCUUCUCUCUAGAGGGGGAUCAGGGUCAGGUGUGGAGGCAAGUGUUGCUGGAUCUGGGGAACGUGUCACAACCUUUCCAUGUGACGAUCGAGGCAAGACUUGGUCCCAAAUAUUUGAGCGAUAUCGCUAUUGAUGACGUAGUGGUUGGCGACUGUUCGACAUUCAAGCCUCUCGCACUUUCAGGCGGCCUCAUGGACUCCAUAGCCUGUUCAUUCGACCAUGGUCUCUGCCAGUUCCAACAGGACAAACUGGACGACCUGGACUGGGUGUUCAAUACUGGCAAGACGAGCACGUUCAACACAGGGCCAGACUGCGACCCUCACAAUUGUAGAACAGAUCUGGUUCGAAGGCACAAAGGGACUUGGGUACCGCAGUGACAUGGCUAUUGACAGCAUCAGCAUCAUACCAGGCCGAUGUUCAGGCGCCCUCAGGUUUAACUGUGACUUUGAGCAGGACAUGUGUGGCUGGACGAACGCAACCCGGCCUGCAGACACCUGGGACUGGAGGCGUCACUCUGCGGAGACAGGAACCCCCCUCACAGGACCGAGUGGGGACAGGCUCCGCCCAAACGGUUACUAUCUGUACGCGGAGUCCUCCCGCACGUUCAACGGGGACACCGCCCGCCUCAUCUCCCCCACCGUGAGCAGCUCCCACCAAGGCAACUGCUUUCAGUUCUGGUACCACAUGUACGGCCGGACAAUGGGCAACCUAACUGUGUCUUACCAGUCGGGUAACGGCCAGGAAAUGGAACUGUGGUCAGUGGCAGGAAAUCAAGGCAAUGUAUGGCAUCAUCAAUCUAUCAACAUCACUGACGUAAACCAGAUAGGGUUUAAUAACAAACACCCACAAACACUGACACACAUGCGCAUACAUAAAACUGACAUGUAUAUUUAUAGACACAUGCGCGCGCGCGCACACACACACACACACACACACACACACACACACACACACGCCCACACACACAUA